UAUCACGUCAAAGUGCAUAAUCUUGCAUUCUAAUUUAAAAACGUUUUAAUGCAUUAUCUGCUAUUGUGCAAGUUUCUGAAUCUGUUAAUUCACGUUUUAAAGUGUAAUUACUGUUAAAUAUGUGAAUUUCGUACGUAUCGUAAGACGACCUCUAAGCCCAACCCUUUUGCAUUUCUUAGGUGUAAACACAAGAAUUAUUACGUUUGUAUCAUUUUCUCAAGGAAAAGCAAGCCUGAAAGACAUUAUGAGAAGAUGAACCCUGAUGAAUAUGACUUUCGUCGUCAUAUGCCCAAAGAAUCCGCCAGUGAAGCCUUAGAUCUGCUUCGAGGGCUCGAGGAUCGAACUUUAAACCACUUGAAAAAAAAUAUUAAAGCUAAAGAAAAUCUAGAGAUCUAUGCUGAAGAUGAGCUUGUUAGAAAGAAGUGUUAUGAUGAGAUGCGCUGUGAGAUGCCAGGCCAAGCAAGAUCCACUUUUCUCAUGGUUUUUAGUCCAGAUGGUUCAAAAGUGGCAUCUACUCACGGCAAUCACGAUAUCUAUGUUACUGAUAUUAAAAGUGGAAAAAACAUAAAAAUCCUAACUGGGCAUCCAAGAACACCCUGGUGCAUCGCGUUUCAUCCCACUUCCAACCAAAUUGUGGCGUCAGGAUGUCUGGGGGGAGAAGUUCGGAUAUGGGAUCUUAGUGGAGGUAGCGAAGUUUGGACUGCUGGCAACCAGUCGGUCAUCGCAUCCAUAGCGUUUCAUCCAAAUGAUCGGGUAUUGGUUAUAGCAACUUACAAUGAGCUCUAUUUUUGGGAUUGGAGCAUGCCUGAACCGUUCGUUCAAGUUGCUACAGCUAAUCCUAAAGAAAAAAUUAGAUAUGUAGCUUUCGAUAAGUUGGGGCAUAAAUUAAUAACGGGGAUUGCUAACAGCCCGCAGACUAGGUGGGAAAGGGUGCGGGCUCCUGUGCCGGUUCCAAGACAAGCAGAGCGAUCAGCUAGCCCUUACAGACUCAGAAUUACCCCAAGACUUGUGAAUUCCACAACUCUACAAGAAAGAACGGCUAUAGAUUUAGGAGUACGAAACGUGCCUCAAGUUACUGAAGCAACACGGGAAGUGGUGUCAAGUGUUCCUGAACGGGAGAGGCGAAUAACUGCCUCAUACAGAAAUCUUCUUAAAGAAUAUGAACAGUUGGUGCAACGCUAUCUGAAAAUUUAUAAACCACCAACAAUGAUUGAUCGGGGUACUGAUCCCAUGGAACCAAAUGCUACUAGCGCAACAAGUGGUACACAAGCCCCCGAAUCGCAAGCAAGUACCUCAGGGACAACCACUUCAAAUCAAAAUCAAAGCGAUCCCCAACCAUCAACCUCCCAGAAUUGCAGUUCAUCUCUAGUAAUGCCUAGCAGAAUCUUAGCAAUGAAAAAGCAACCCACUGAAGCUCAAAGUACACAAACAUCUGACUCCCGAAAACACAAAUCGUCAGAAAACGCCGAAGAAUCAACUCAAGAAAAGCGAAGCAAAUCUGAUGAUUCCACCCAACCUUCAACCAGUAGCGGAUCAUCUCACACUGAAACCGCAACACAGACCCAGAGUCCCCGACGAGUUCUCAUUAUCAACGAAAGAAGUCCGCAGCCGGAACCCUCAACCAGUGGACUUCAAGAUAAACCAGUCAGGAAUUCCGGCGUGAGGAUAUUGUGCCCUAAAACUCUGAAACGGAAAUUGUCGGGCACUGACCGAGAAGCGGGUCCUUCGACUAGUGAACCGCAACCUAGUACUAGUCGAGGGACGACCACCAGUACUGAUGACAUUCUUUCGAAUAUACGCCCUCUAGCCGAGGAAGUUAGGAAUCGGUUUUUACCAAUCAUCAAGUCGCUUCCUGCCUGUGAUAGACCUAAACUGAUCAGACGAUUUGAGAACAGUAGGGCCCAUGAAAGAUUAAAAUUCAGACAAAUGUGUCCCACUUUCAUGAAAAAGCCGAACAGAAGGCCCGUUUUGGACACAUCGUCAGACAGUAGCAGCUCUGACGAUGAACGCAGCGGCUUAAGACCUCGAUUGUGCAACGAUCCCAAAAAUCAAAAUCAAAAUAGAAACACUAGUAACGAUACAGAACCAGACUGUGUUCACACUGCCAGUGGCAGCAACACCGCGUUAGCGUCAUCUAGUAGCGCACUAGCAUCAACAUCCACGAACUUGACAAACAUCAGCGGCGUUAGAAACUUUAUCAUGGAACUAGAACAGUUAUUAAUGACAAUUCUACUGACUGAAGUGGAAAGUAGCGAAAACCAAACUUCUAUAAACCCUGCAGAACCUAAUGUUUCCACGGCAAGCAACAAUAGCCCGGUUAAUUUAAGCACGUCUUCACCUGCUGCAGGACCUAGUAUAGAGGAACAGACGAAUAAUUCGGAUUUGAGGUCCUCGCCGAUUUCUAUGUCGGCGAAUCGCGACCAAGAUUUAAUACGACCGAAUGCGGUCACUGUUGAAAAUAGUAUGUUUAGGAGGUUGCUGCAGAGGCAUGAGGAACAGUCGGAGUCGAGAACUGGCACUUCCAAUUCGGAUGAUGCUUCACGUUCAAGCCCCGUUGGUAGCAGCAGUGGGAUACAUUCGAGGACGAGUUCUCCUAUAUACAGUAGGGCCUACCCUAGGCGGCGAUUGCCAGCACAUAGGAUCUCGGCGUUUAUGCCAACGAGAGUUAACUACAACCGAUCAUCGUUGAGGUGUAGAAGAGGUUCUCCGUUUAGGAUAGGUAGCCGCCUGUCAACCAGUAACACAUUUCCAAUAGACGAACUAAUCAACUACUCCGAACGUCCAAACGCCGAAGACAACGUCCCCCAAGACAACCAGCCACCCGAAAAUACCGACAGUACCACAGACUCACCGUUCGUUAAUUUAGGCAAUAUGUACUCAAACAUAGUCCAAGGCUUAGAAUCAAGCUUAAACGAUGUCAGAAACAUCAGAUCCAAUACUCGUUCAAACGAAACCUCAGACAUGCUAACCAGCUUUUCCGAAAGCUUAGAAAACAUAAUGAACCAAUCUGACACCAUCCUGAGAAAUCUAGGAGGUUCCAUGUCCAUGUUACCCAAUUACUCUGAACAAAACGAAAAUCGAAGACGCGAAUCCAGCGAACCCCGAGUGAGUUUCAACGAUGAGAGAUUUUACAUACGAGACAAUUCACCGCAAGAGGCCUCCACUAGUAGUGACACUAGGAGUUUAGGGGACGCACUUCCAGAAGGGAGGAGUGUGGUGGAGUCAGACCACAACUAUCCCAGAGUUCCAGAAAAUAACCAAAAUCAAAAUAGUGGCGAAGGCAUGUCGCCGUUGAUGACGUCAUUGCAUAUGACAAUAUCGUACAUACAGAGGCAAGCGAGACUGUUGAGGCAUCAGGUCGAAAGUAUAGAGCGAAUCGAUCGGACGAUGUUCGAAGUCGAACAGUUGCAGUUAAUCAGACAACUCAUCACGGAGUUUCUCAGGUACAUGAGGUCGUUAGCGGGUGAAAGUCGCAGUACUGGAAUGUCUAGUGUUAGGCAAAUGAUGGCCGGUACGAGAAUCAGCGAUUCUAGCCCCUACGACUCUCAGUCCGAGGAACCCAGUCAGCAAAAUCCACAACCCAAUACGUCUAGUGCUAGUACUUCCACCGAGCAAAAUCAACCAAGGCCUAGAAGUUCGGGUCGUAAAACCUACCCACCGUCGCGUCUGUUUCGUCUUCAGCGUCACAACAGACGUUCUUUUUUCUUCCUUCCUAGAAGAUACACGGGUAGGCCUGAUCGUGGUAUGAAACACAGCGGGCCUUGUCGAAGCGCCCCUUCUAGGACUCCCUCUGAAGCAAAUAGCCCUCUACGUCAUCUCUCUAGCUACUCUCUAAUAAAUUCCUCAAGUUUGAAUCUCAUGACGCGCCGACUCGAACACUUACUCACAGAACAAACCCGACUUAUCACGAGACCUCAAGAAGCUACUCAACAACAAACUCGUUCAACAGUGGCGACGGAAUUAGGUGAACGAAUUCUGUCGAUUAGGUUGAACGACUGCGUUAAUCGAAUGAACAGGAUUAUGGGUAAUGGAUUGGAAGGUGGGCGGUUUCGCAGUGGUCGCUCUGAACCAGUGAUAGUGACUCAAGAUGGCGCUUCGAGAUUCGGCGCCCGCCAUUUUCUAAGCUUGAUUGUGGAUGGAAUGAGUAAACACAUUGAAGAGUUGGGAGGAGCGAAUAUUUCUCAGAGUUUGCGCGGACAGAUACACAGUGUUCUCGCAAUGGCGCUCCUACUUUCAGACUUGUUGCUUUUACAACUUGUCGAUUCGAUACCGCCACCUGCUGGCAUGAAUUUAGACGUGGAAAGAGAGUCUCUGACGUCACGGAUAGACCAAAUGUGUGGGCAAAUGCUUCAAAAUCGCUUUAGUAGCCAUUCGCAACAGCUGACACGAAGUUUACAACAUAUGAGGUUGACGAUGCGACGUGCUUAUAGAGCUUUGGGUCAGACGUAUAACGCUAGACGCAACGCAAUGUUGCCAAAUCGCCCGGAUACUAACAGGAGACAGUUGCUGAAUAGGUACUUGAGAAAUUUAAACAUGAGACGUCACUCGCAAAAUUUAGGCACGGAUCCCACUACGUCCUCGAGCGAUAAUAACCCACCGAGGGACGUCCCUCCGAAUCCCGAAAGCAAUAGUGAUAACAUGACACGUGGCUGGAGUAGCUUGCGCGAUUUGAUAAUGCGGUACUCGGAUAACACAGGAGAAGAUGAAGACGUCACAAGUUCGAACUCCAACCAAGACAACCAAGAGCGAAAUCAAAGAUUCGAAAACGUAUCGAGUAAUAAUAGUGAUGAUAACGAUGAUGAGUCUGAAUGGUACGUCAACAGUAACUCCAGAAGCAGUAACUUAUAUCGUACAAACAACGUUAAUUUAGUUCAUAAUAAUAACGAAGAGGCUUCGUCAAAUUCGAAUCCGCCUAGACCCUGGAAUGUACCGUCGGUUCAAGUGAACGAUGUACCCAUAUCCGAGCAGUCAUCUUUGUUUCAUCAGAGAAUAAUGACCCAUCGUCAAAGACUGGCGGAAAGAAUGUCUGAGUUGAGGACUUUCCCACAAAUGAGUGGACUGAGGCCGAGAUUCUUGCAUCCUCUUUACUCCAGCGUCAAUCCAUUUGACGCCGAUCUCGAUGAUCCGCAAAGAGAAACUAACUACGACUGUGAUAUGAUAACGACUGUUACUCCGAAUCAUCGCAUUCAGGUGUGGGACAUCUCCUUAGGGAACAUCCCAGUCAUCAAUAAUCCUUUGAAAAAUAUUAUAGUCAGCGAAUGCAAGAUCCACAACGACGCUAGUGUGGAUAUAGCAAAAGACGGGACCAUUUUAGUGACCUUAUUACCGUCGGGUGGUUACUUGAACGUAACUAAUAAGCUAGGAGUCUACAGUUUGAAAUGGGACACCUUGGGUCAGUGUUUGUAUACCACUAGUUUCGAGCAAAACGCCGUUUCGGUGGCCCUUUCGCCCUUGAGUCGACAUCUGGUGGUUGGGUUGGCGUCGCGGAGAGUAUCAAUUGUGCCAAGUGACAGGUGGACGAUGGCGAGGAUUUUCAUUAUUGAUCAGAAGAACGUGCCGGGAGAUAGGUUACCGGUUCUUAGGGAGUUGGGUCAGAAUAGAGAUAGUAGAGCUACUAAUUAUAAGAGUGUAAACUGUAUUCGUUGGUUGCCGACUUCAGGCCAAGGACUCAUUUAUGCCACAAAUACGGGACAGUUGGUUAUUUUGACGUAAGUUUGCUAAGUAUGAUUAUCCAGCAGAGUGAGUUUAUUGGAAAGUAACUUUUGGUAUAAAUAUUGGAUAGUGUUAAUAGUCAAACCCUGAUUUUUUCUACUUCAGCCAGUAUUUACGGAAUCUCGAUCAUGCACACUCUAUUCAAAAUUGUAACGGUACUUUUGCGAAAAAGGUUAGUGUUAUGUCUUGAAAGAAUCAAAUCUGAUGACAAGAGGGUGUAGAAAUCAACUUUAUUGCUUUGUUAGCUGUCGAACUCGUAAAAAUAAUUCCUGUGAACAUGGAGGAGAGUUGGAAGCAUUUAAAAGAAAUCAUAAAUACACGUAAUACACUCAGCUUGACUUUCAAAGAUUUUAUUUUUAAAAAAAUCAAACUGUUGUAUAAUUUUUAAAGAUACAUAUAAUAUUUUUAGAUAGAAUUUCUGUAUAUGUAGGAUUUUAUAUUACGCGUCUUCGGGGACGCAAAUCAUCUGAAUAUAUUUGUAGGCUCUAACUAUGGAGACAAAGUGUUACAAAGGUUACUCUAAUUGCCUCACUCUUCGCGUAAAAUUAAACGUAUAAGUAAAUUUAUUUUAAUAUGGCGUUAAAAUGUAAGCUGAUCCAACUAUGAUUAAUUUUGCUUUAAAAAUAAAUUUUAGUAAGUGUACGUCAUUGAAAGUACACUCCUGUUUUAAAGCAAUCGUUGCGAGUGUAAUUUUAUUAUUUAAAAUACUUAUCGUGAUAUUUAUUUCUAGUGAUAUCCAUUAUUUGCUGUAACGAUUAUGCAUAAGUUUAGUUUCACUAUGUUUUGUAUACUUUAUUUAGUCGUACUGAUAGAUUGCCAUUUUUUAUCAUUAAAGAACAGUUUUAUUGAUACGAUAUUCAUGUGUAUUUAUAAUAUUUGUUAAGAUUUUAAAUUAUUACUGUUUGAGAUUUGUAUGUCUAUUUUUUAUUUAAUGAUAAAAAUUGGAUUUGCACGGAAGUGUUGUACUGUACAUAUGUAACUUUGGUGAUCAAGUACCUUUUUAAGAAAUAAUAUAGAUAUGACAUAACUAGAUACUGAUUUUUGACCUUCAUUGGCACCAAUAUUGUUGCUUCUAAUAAUUUUACCCAGACGAAAACUUAUUAAGGCUACAUUGUAAGCUCCGAUCGUUCUUAAUGCUGGCUGCAAUUUCAGUCGUAAGGGCAUUUAAUAAUUCCUCGAAAUUUAAAAAGGUUUCAAAUCUUCGUACAAUGUCUAUAUUUUUUACCUAAAUCAUGUUAUUAAGUCAAAUCUAAAACUUUUGUGGACUCAUCUAAAUUGGAUUAAGAAUGUAACAACGAUGUCUUCCAUAAUCAAUUUUUUACUUUUCUAACUUUGAUACAACUGCGUCAGGUGCUACAAUCUCGUAGCCAACAACAUUUUCGUUUAAAAGAAAUGUCUGAAAAUAAAAUUUAAUUAAAACCAA